AUGUCCAUUGCUACGCGACAUAGUAUGCCGUGCGAUGAAGGGGCCUCUAGGAGUAUUGUAUAUGACUCGGCCUCAUCUUAUGGAGGGAUGGGCAUCGUGGACGACACUUCGUCCGUAUACACCGCCAAUACUAGCAGUCACACGCCGCUGGACCUUGAGAGCCUUUCGAUUAUUGAUGACCGCUCUCACGUUGGAUCAUCAGCCAGCAACGGCCAUACGCAUGCACUAUCUCAGAAUGGUUCUGUUAGACUGGGUGUGGACGAGGAUUUUGAUGCUGUCCUUGACGAUCUGAAGGACGACGCACAAGUUGAUCUGCCCCCACACGCGUGCAGCUACUGUGGCAUUCACAAUCCGGCGUCUGUUGUCAAAUGUCUCGUAUGCUCCAAGUGGUUCUGCAAUUCUCGUGGGAAUACGUCUGCAUCGCACAUCGUGAACCACCUUGUGCGUGCGAAGCACAAAGAAGUUAUUCUUCAUGCAGAGAGCCCGCUUGGAGAAACGACUCCCGAAUGCUACAAUUGCGGUAGCAAAAAUGUCUUUAUGCUUGGUUUUAUACCUGCGAAAAGCGAUACUGUGGUCGUGCUGUUGUGCCGACAACCUUGCGCAGCAAUCUCGAAGGACAUCUCCUGGAAUGCAGCUCUCUGGGCGCCUCUCAUCGAUGAUCGCUCUUUCCUCUCCUGGCUAGUCAAGCCGCCCAGCGAGACCGAGCAGCUCCGCUCUCGCCAAAUCUCAUUCUCUCAGAUCAACCGCCUUGAAGACUUGUGGCGCGAAAAUGCUAGCGCCACCCUAGAAGAUUUGGAAAAACCCGGUGUAGAUGAUGAGCCCCAGCCGAUCAUGUUGCGGUACGAGGACGCGUAUCAAUAUCAGAAUAUCUUCGGGCCGCUUGUGAAGAUCGAAGCUGAUUAUGAUAAGAGGCUCAAGGAAAGUCAAACCCAGACGGAUAUCACUGUGAGGUGGGAUCUGGGUUUGAAUCAAAAAAGGGUGGCGUGGUUCGGGCUGCCGAAGUUGGAAAGUGGGGAAGUGAGGUUGGCUGUAGGGGAUGAAUUGAGGCUCAGGUAUUCUGGGGAGCUUCAUAAACCUUGGGAGGGUGUAGGACAUGUGAUCAAAGUUCCGAACAAUGUCUCGGACGAAAUUGGUCUCGAGCUACGUAGAACCGAGGGCGUUCCUCACGAUAUCACUCACAACUUCUCUGCGGAUUUCGUGUGGAAGUCGACGAGCUUUGAUAGGAUGCAGCUUGCCAUGAAAACUUUUGCCGUCGAUGAGAAGAGCGUUAGCGGGUAUAUUUAUCACAAACUUCUCGGCCACGAACUAGAGCCUCAGGUCUUGCGUACUCAGAUGCCCAAGCGAUUCUCUGCCCCCGGGCUUCCGGAGCUGAACCAUUCGCAGAUGUUUGCGGUCAAGAGCGUCCUACAGAAGCCCAUCAGUCUGAUUCAGGGCCCUCCUGGCACGGGUAAAACCGUCACAUCAGCUUCGAUCGUAUACCAUCUUGCAAAAAUGAAUCCAGGCCAGGUGCUCGUCUGCGCACCAUCGAACGUCGCUGUCGACCAACUCACGGAGAAAAUUCACGCUACUGGCCUCAAAGUCGUGCGCCUGACAGCCAAGUCGCGCGAGGCGCUCGACUCAUCUGUGUCUUUCUUGACGCUGCAUCAACAGGUCGCGAACCACACUUCGCAUGUGGAACUGCAGAAGCUCAUCCAGCUCAAGAACGAGCAGGGAGAGUUGAGCUCAAACGAUGAGAGGAAGUACAAAACAUUGAUCCGGCAUUGCGAGAAGGAGAUAUUGAGUGCCGCAGAUGUGAUUUGCUGCACUUGUGUGGGUGCGGGAGAUCCAAGGUUGAGCAAGUUAAAAUUCAGGACAGUAUUGAUAGACGAAGCCACGCAGGCUGCCGAGCCAGAAUGCAUGAUCCCCCUUAUUCUGGGUUGCAAGCAAGUCGUGCUCGUAGGAGAUCAUCAACAACUCGGACCUGUUAUCAUGAACAAGAAGGCGGCCCGCGCGGGUCUCACUCAGUCCCUCUUUGAACGCUUAGUCGUUCUGAGCAACCGCCCUAUCCGUCUUCAAGUGCAGUACCGUAUGCACCCGUGUCUUUCGGAGUUCCCUUCGAACAUGUUCUACGAAGGAACGCUGCAAAACGGUGUUACCGCGCCUGAGCGCCUGCGCAAAAACGUAGACUUCCCAUGGCCUGUCCCGGACACCCCGAUGUUCUUCUAUCAGAAUCUUGGUCAAGAAGAAAUCUCAAGCAGUGGGACGUCAUUCCUUAACAGAACGGAGGCUUCAAAUGUUGAGAAGAUUGUCACCAAGUUUUUCAAAUCUGGUGUUGUGCCGGGCCAGAUAGGUGUCGUCACACCCUACGAAGGCCAGCGCUCGUACAUCGUCAAUUACAUGCAGUACAACGGGACCCUCAAGAAAGAUCUCUACAAGGAGAUUGAGGUUGCUUCCGUCGACGCAUUCCAAGGUCGCGAGAAGGACUAUAUCAUUCUCAGCUGUGUUCGGAGCAACGAGCACCAGGGCAUCGGUUUCUUGAACGACCCCAGACGUAUGAAUGUGGCGCUCACUCGUGCGAAAUACGGUGUUGUUAUUCUAGGCAACCCUAAAGUCCUGAGCAAGCAUCCUUUGUGGCACUAUCUCCUGACUCAUUACAAGGAGAAAGGUUGCCUUGUCGAGGGACCCCUGAACAACCUGCAGCCUAGUAUGAUCCAAUUCAGCAAGCCCAGGCGCACACUUAGCAAGUCAAUGGACCAGUUCCGCCGUCAUGACUCAAGUGCGCGGGAAUUAUUGAACAACGUGCCAAUGAGCUCCGGAACGCCGAGCCGCUUUGAUGCAUCUUUCUACCGCACACACGACGCACUCAAUUACAUCCCCUCUGAUGUCCAAUCAUUGCGCUCUCAGGCUACCUACUCUUCUGGUCUACCCAUUUUUGCCGCUUCUGGGCCAUUUGGAGCAGGCAUGCAGCGGGCUGUGGGAGGCGCGAAGCGCGGUGGCUAUGGCUCUUAUGCAUCGUCUAUCAUCUCGCAGGAUGGACCUGCAGACAGCUCUAGCAGCGUGGUAGGCCCAAUGGAUCGCGUGGCAUACUCGCAGAGUGACAGAUUGACACGGCGCACCAGCUUUUCCAGCUUGGCGGGCACGUCCGAAGUCGGGAGCAUGGCUAGUGCAUUUGACUACAAGAGCCAGGAUGAUGCGGCGGAUUUGGAUGACGUGAAGAGCCAGUAUGCAGCCACGCAGAGCGGUGUGACUGCAUUCUGAGCGCUCCGGGCAACGGGCACUUGUUGAUGGCUUUGUCGGUGCAAGCUAUCGUAUCUUGGUAGCCCCUGAUUCCCCCGCGUUCAGGUAUCAUUGGAAGUCUUCUUGGUUGUCUACCCGGCCAUGUCCUCGUGCGAGUUGGCGCCGUGCACCCAUGUGCACUCUUGGCAUCCUACCGCGACGGCCGGACUGCUUCGGGGCAUAUGCUUGCACACGAUAGUCAUCGUGGUCCCCUCCCCUCCCAAGCGCCAUGUUCCCCAGCCAUUCUGGGUUCCGGCGAGAAUGUUGCUGAGGUCCUGCUAUUGGCAAGUCACAUGCCGCAGGAGCUGUCCCUUCUGUUGUAUUGGGUCGUCUCGAUAUUAGAAAUUUAAAAAAUAGAUGAGUUGUUGUAUGAUUUG